UCGUAUUGUCUGACGGUGGUUUAGUAUGUAACACUGAACUAUGUACCUUAACAUGAACAAUUAAAACCUUAAAUAAUAGUCGGACGAUGAAGAAGAUGGUCUUUCGAUAUACUCGAGUAGACCUCAUUCUAUUAUCACAGCACAAGAAGCACACGAACAAUCUCCUUUACUGCACAAGAUAUCCACUAACCAUAGUAUCAUGACAGUAGCCGAUAGUUAUCACACCUCACCCAAAAAGUCAACCUUUAUGCAAAGUGUAUUCAAUUCCAUCAAUAUUCUCUUGGGUGUAGGCAUUCUUGCCUUGCCUUUAGGAUUCAAGAGCGCAGGAUGGGUCAUUGGUCUGGGCAUCUUUGUCUUUUGCUUCUGUUUGACCAAUUACACGGCAAAAAUACUGAUCAAAUGCUUAGAUCUGAACCCAGAAGCAAAGACAUAUGGUGAUAUUGGUGCAUAUACCUUUGGCAUGCGUGGACGUGUAUUCAUUUCGAUUCUUUUCCUAACAGAACUCAUCACGUGCAGCAUUGCGCUUGUCGUAUUACUCACAGAUGGCAUUGCUUCUCUAUUUCCUGGUUAUGACAUGGUCUGGUUGCGCUUGGUUAGUUUUAUCAUCCUAACACCUACCUUGCUCUUGCCUGUGCGAUAUCUGUCUUAUACCAGCCUGCUUGGCAUUCUCAGUGUGUUUAGUCUGUUGCUUGUUAUUCUCUAUGAUGGCUUUACAAAGGCAGAUGCACCUGGAAGUUUAAGAGAACCAGCGGAUACAUCCAUUUUACCAAACAAUUGGUUUGAUGUACCACUUAGCUUUGGGUUGAUCAUGGCAGGGUUUGCAGGACAUGCUGUGUUCCCAACUAUCUAUCAUGAUAUGGACCAUCCAAAAGAGUAUAGAAAGAUGGUAAAUGUGACCUAUCUGACGACAUCCAUCAUCUAUCUCACAGUGGCAGCUGCUGGCUACAUCAUGUUUGGAUCUAGCACGAUGCAAGAGAUUACACAAAACUUGAUGGCCAUACCGCAAUAUAACCAAGCCAUCAACCGACUCGCCGUUUACCUUGUCGCUCUCAACCCCAUCGCCAAAUACGGACUGACACUCAACCCCGUCAUCUUGACUUGGCAAACGUGUCUACCUCGUCGCUUGGGUAAAUUGAUCAGCAUUAUCUUGACGACCAUCACCAUGGUGAUUUUGGUAUCAUUGCUACCCAACUUUGACCAGGUCAUAUCUCUUCUCGGCGCCUUCUUCUCCUUCUUUAUCUCUGGUAUCUUCCCUCUUGUCUGCCAUAUCAAACUGUUUAGACACACCAUGACCAAAACAGAACUCUUGAUCAAUAUCUUUUUGUUAUUUGUUGCUUCCUUUAUGGCUCUUUCGGGCACUAUUAAAAGUUUUAUUAAAUAAAAUUUUAAUAUUUUUUUCUUUUCUGCUUGAC